UUUUUUAUGAAUUUUUUUUUUCAAUCACAUCUCAUAAAUUGCACUCAUCUCAGAUUAAGCUUAUGUAUAAGGUAUUGCUUUAGUUUAACAUAUAUCCGUAGAAUUAUAGUAUUACAACCAUGGCAGGAAUCAAGAAGAAGACAUCAUUAAGAGAUAAAACCAAUAAAAAAGCCAGUUUGGCUAAUAAAAUAUCUGAAUUCAAACAUGAAGUACAAGAUGGCAGUGAAUCAUUUCAUGAGAAUCCAAUGUUAAAAUUGCUGAAGAUUACAAAGAGAGAGAAGCAACAACUGAAAAGUGAUGCUUUUAAUCGAAGAUUACUGAAUAAGAUUACGUUUAAUACAUCUAAUAGUAUAAGUAAAUCAUCAUUAAGAAGACAGAAGAAGAAAGCAAAGGAAGAGUUGAAGCCUAAGAUGAAUGAAUUAUUAUUAAGUUUACCAAGUACUAGUGGAGUGGUCAAGGGUAAGAAUGAAGAUGAAAAGGCAUUUAUUGCAAAGAAAAGUUUGAAUAAACCAAAUGCUAAUAAGAGAACAGGACAUCAAAGAAUAUUGAUUCAAGAAAAUAAGAAUUUCAAAAAUGUAUUAACCAAUUCUGAAUUCAAAGCAUCUCCAUUCAGUGCUUUAAAGAAUGUGAUUCAACAAAAUUUACAACACCGUUAGGGACCCGUGUAGGUGGUAUACUUUUCUAUUUAGGGUCCACCUGGCCAAGA